CGCAUCAGUAGGGACUGCGUGGGACCCAAUACAGACUGUGAUAAUGUUUUCUGAGGUAAGAAAAUCAGUCCCUGUUCCAGUGUCAUGGAUGAGGAACAGGUGACGGGUUAGCACGUCAGUGCUGGUGAAGCUUCCCUGUGUAGACUGAACCCUUUGGUCCAUGAAACUAUGAAUUCAUUGCCUCCUCUCCUAGUGAGGGCAGGUAUCUGGAGGAGGAAGAGACUGAGUAGUUGUUCAGGUGAUUAUAUUCACAUUCCAGCCAAUUGUGUUUUUCCUAGUUCUCUUCUUGUAGAGAGCUAGAUAAAUUUGGUAGGUAAAAGGAAUUAGCAAAUGUGACCUCUGCCAUUCAGGAGUUUAUAUACUUAUGAGGAGAGGUAAAUAUUCAUUACCCUUUAACAAACAUUAUUUGAGUGCAUACUAUGUACCAGGCACUUUUCUCGGUCAUGGGAAUACAGCAGAGAAAAUCGAAAAAGUUGCUGCUUUUUAUAGAGUUGACGUUCUAGUAGGGGAAACUAAACCAAUAAACACACAAAUGACAUCGAGAAGUGAUAAGUACAUGAAGAAAAAUAAUGUACAGUUAAGGGAUAGUGAUGGAUCAUGCUAUUUAAAAAUAAGUGACAAGGAAAACAUCUCUACGGUGGUGAUAUCGGAGCAGAGAUCUGAAUGAAGUGCUAAAUAUGGAGUUUCUCAAGAAAAAAUGAUUAUAUAUAUAUAAACCACAUAGAACACACACAUAUAUAAAACAACUCGAUAAUGAUUAUGAAGCAACAUGUUAGCCAGCUCAUAAUCCUAUAGAAUAAAUACCUAUGAAUACUUUGAGGCACAAAGUAAUCAGUGAUGAAGUAUAUGAUUGAAUACCCAGCAAACCUCAUAUACCUAUCGAUCCACGCUCACAAUUGAAUCUUACUCAAUUCAGCUUUCUCUCUCUCCUGUUGGGGGUAAAUCACGUGCAUUUCGCAUGGAUAGACAUGUCACAAGAUAGGACCUUGUUUUACAGGAAGGGUACUCCCUACGGAAAGUGUGUGUUUGGAUACCAGGAGGGCAAUCAGUCCUUUUACAAUUUAGGCUAGAUGUGUGUGUUUUCAUUUCAUGGAGAGCUAUUUCAGGAUCCAGUGUGUUACGGGUUGAAUUGUGUUCCCUAAAGUUUAUGUGUUGUUGAAAUUCUAACUGCCAGAACCUCAGGUUGUGACCUUAUUUGGAAAUAGGGUUGUUACAGAUGUAGUUAAGAUGAAGUCAUAGUGGAGUAGGAUGGGCCCCUAAUCCAGCAUGACCUUCUAAAAAGAAUGCCAGGUAAAGAGACAGACCCACACACAGGGAGAAUGCCAUGUGAAGAUUGGAAUUAUGGCUGCCACAAGCCAAGGAAUGCCAGAUUGCUGGCAAACUACCAGAAGCUGAGAGGCAUGGAAUAGAUUCUCCCUCUCAGGUCUCAGAAGGAACUAACCCUGAUGACACCUUGAUCUUGGACUUCUAGCCUCCAGACCUGUGAGACAAUAAAUUUCUACUGUUUAAGCCACGCAGUUUGUGUAUUUUAUUACAGCAGCCCUACCAAAGGAAUGCAAGUGUAAAGAAUGUGGGCUUUGAUGUGCACCUGGAUUUUAAUCCAAUCUUUGCUCCACUGCAUCCUAGCUCUGAUUUAGCACGUGAGUUAGUUGCAGACGGUACUGUGGUUCACGAAGCUUCCUAUCUGCUACACGCCAGCAGAGUGCCUCCUGCACAGCAGGUGCUCAAUUGUUACUCAAAUGUUGGCCUCCAAAAGUUUGAAAUUCUUAGCUCAUAUUACAGAAUUAUUUCUAGUGAUAAGCUUGUAUUAUCAUACUUAAUGCAGAAAUAACUUCAGACUUUAUUCUACAUACUUUUUGGUUAUUUAGAUGCCCAAAUACGUUAAAUUUAGUUUUUGGACAACAAUCCUAUUAGUGCUGCUUAAACUCUAAUGCUGCGCUUUAUUUUUCAAGGAAGGAGUAACAACGCUGACCCACAAGGAACAGACAUCCUCGCUUCCGACUGACUCUAGGUGAGCUUUAACCGACAGCUGCAGCCGUCGGUAAAGCCGAGGACGGUCGUUCACACGCCGACUCCAGCCGAUCCGUCGUUUCUGCAAACCCAGAUCGAAGCCCAGGGGCCGCGCGAGUCCCCCCUUUUGCAGCGAGCAGCUGAUUUUGUUUUUCCUUUCUGGCCAAUGGCGAGCAAACGCUCCAGAAGGGAAACUGCAUGAGUCAUCUUCUGCAGAUAAGCUGAAAUAUUAAUAGUUCUCUCUCCAGCCGCUCCCGCGCCGGAGCCUCCCUGCCAGACCCGCGGGGAGGCGGCGCGCGGCCACCCCGCUCCGAAGCCGGCCAGGCCGGAGGUGCCGACGGGCCCGGGCUCGCGCCGCAGGGCUCUCCCUCACCCGCCCUGACCGGCGCGUCUCCGGGACCGAUGGACGCGCGCGGGACCCGCCGCGCUUAUUGCCGGAGUGACCAGGACAUCACCUUCUGGAAGUAAUGCCCACAGAAAGCGGGAGUUGUUCAACUGCUCGUCAAGCAAAACAGAAACGCAAAUCUCAUAGCCUUUCUAUACGAAGAACUAACAGCUCGGAGCAGGAGAGGACAGGCCUGCCAAGAGAAAUGUUAGAAGGACAAGAUUCUAAACUGCCUUCCUCAGUUCGCAGUACACUUCUGGAACUGUUUGGACAAAUAGAAAGAGAAUUUGAAAACCUUUAUAUUGAAAACUUAGAAUUGCGUAGAGAAAUCGAGACUCUUAAUGAACGUUUAACUGCUGAAGGACAAGCAAUCGAUGGGGCAGAACUGAGUAAGGGCCAACUCAAAACAAAAGCCAGUCACAGUACCAGCCAGCUUUCUCAGAAGCUGAAGACCACUUACAAGGCCUCCACCAGCAAGAUCGUCUCCAGCUUCAAGACCACCACAUCGAGGGCCGUGUGCCAGCUCGUGAAGGAGUACAUUGGUCACAGGGACGGCAUCUGGGAUGUCAGUGUGGCGAGGACACAGCCCGUGGUGCUGGGGACUGCGUCUGCUGAUCACACGGCUUUGCUGUGGAGUAUAGAGACUGGAAGGUGCCUCGUCAAGUACACAGGCCACGUGGGUUCAGUAAAUUCUAUAAAAUUUCAUCCAUCAGAGCAGUUGGCUCUCACUGCUUCUGGAGAUCAGACUGCUCACAUUUGGAGAUACGCAGUUCAGCUGCCAACACCUCAGCCUGUUGCCGACACUAGUCAGCAGAUAUGUGGUGAAGACGAAGUAGAGUGCUCAGAUAAAGAUGAGCCUGAUGUUGAUGGAGACGUGUCCAGUGACUGUCCUACCAUCCGGGUGCCACUCACGUCCCUUAAGAGCCACCAGGGAGUGGUUAUAGCUGCUGACUGGCUGGUUGGGGGGCAGCAGGUGGUGACAGCCUCCUGGGACAGAGCGGCGAACUUGUACGACGUGCAGACGGCGGAGCUUGUCCACUCGCUGACAGGGCAUGACCAGGAGCUCACGCACUGUUGCACACACCCCACCCAGCGGCUCGUGGUGACUUCCUCCCGUGACACGACUUUCCGUCUCUGGGAUUUCAGGGACCCUUCCAUCCACUCUGUGAAUGUUUUCCAGGGCCACACGGACACCGUGACUUCUGCUGUGUUCACCGUCGGGGAUAACGUCGUUUCGGGCAGUGAUGACCGCACUGUGAAGGUCUGGGAUUUAAAGAACAUGAGAUCCCCCAUUGCCACAAUUCGUACAGACUCUGCCAUCAACAGGAUCAAUGUAUGUGUUGGCCAAAAAAUCAUUGCCCUCCCACACGACAACCGACAAGUGAGAUUGUUCGAUAUGUCGGGCGUGCGGCUAGCACGGCUACCCCGCAGCAGUCGACAGGGCCACAGAAGAAUGGUGUGCUGCUCAGCAUGGAGCGAGGACCACCCCGUGUGCAACCUGUUCACGUGUGGGUUUGACAGGCAAGCCAUUGGCUGGAACAUAAACAUCCCUGCGCUGUUACAAGAGAAGUAACGUCGCCGGCGCUCCUAGGUCUUGUAGUUUGCCAUGGACCUGUGACUGGUGCAGGCUUUUCUCAUAUUGAUCAGCCAUUUUUGUGAGACUUGGACCCUGAAAAGGGUGAUUUGUAUAUGUUCUUUUCACAUUGUACCCAGCUUGCAUGAAAUGUAAAGAAAAAUGUGUGGUCGUGUUUUUAUUGUUGUCCUGUGUGUGUUGGCAUCCUCUGGUCAGUAGAAAUGCAGCCCCUCCCUGGAGCACGUCACGUGUUAUGUUUACUGGCAUUUGACAGAUGACAGAGGGCAUUACAUUCGUGUGAGUUAAAUGUGAACCUGUGUACUUACUGUGAGGUGUAAGUAGUCUGUUGGUUUCUGGAGUAAUUAUACAUGUCUACCUUGGCCUGGGAAGACUGCAGAGCUGCAUUUGCAUUGGCUCCUGAAGGUAGGAGUGGUCAAAGAUGUCAUGUUUACUUCCACAUGAAGUUUUGGGACAUGCUAUCUUGUAAUUCAACUUCAACUCUAUGUUCUGUUACAGUUCCGUAAGAUUAACCUGGAUUUCAGAAAUUAAAAAAAAUAGCAUGGAAUGUUGAGUUUGCAACAUUCAGAGAGUUUCUUUUGAAAAGAAAAAGUUUCUGCUCUUUUUAUAGAAAAUCAUUUCAAUCUCCUGAGGUCUCAUACUAGCAAAUUCUAAAAAAUAUAAUUAUUCUAAUCACUGAUUUAAGAUAUUAAGCAAAAUUUAAAGCACUUUAGUUUAGAGCUAUAGUUAUAAACAGUUUUUAGAAGUUUCAAAUGAUUUAUCCAUUGAAUGUGACUCGACCUUUUUAAGAAAGCCCUGCUACCUGAAAACAAAUCCUUAUGUAUUUUCUACACCUUUGGUUUGUAUAUUUCUAAAUGGGUUCACUUCCUAGGUGGUAUUUGAGAGCCAACAAUGCAAGUAAAUGAGUACUACCUCAGAAAUGUACUUGGAAAACUUGGGAGUGGGAGUCUCACUCUUGCCUAGUGAAAGCACUUUGACUUAACAGCUGGAACACAGAAUUCAAUUCAGAAGGCAGGAAAGACAGUCACAGCAGAUGUGUCCUGAAGGUGAAAGGCUCUUCCAUGAGCUUUUCAAGACCUAUUGUCUCAGUAGCGGGACACCUCUCACUGUCUGAGUGGGCCAUCACUCCCGCCUUCCUAGGAGCCACUGUUUUCUGGUGUUUGUGAGUUCAUGCUUCUUGUUGAGUUAGGGUUUUGAUAAAAGCAUCUCAGUGCUCUGUGCCUCGUAGUUUUACUCUUUAAAUGUGUCUGCUUGGAGACUGGCUUCUUGGAGAGAGGCACGAGAAGCUAACGUUGAAAAGCAUCAUGGGCGACCCCCGUUCUGUGUUUCCUGUUCUGGGGUGACACGGGAGCUGGAGCUGGCAGCUGGUGGAGUGUCAUUCAGUGAGAGGUGGUAUAAGCAGAGUGUCAGGCCCUCCUUCGCUGGGGCGUCCCUAGUGGAUGUGACUCCUUAGCAGCUCCUUUUGCUCAGGUCCUGCAGUAGCUGAUCUUAGGAACUCCACCCCGAAUUGUUCAGAAUGAUUCUGAAACGCUUUCCACAGCCUGGAAGGGAAGACGGGACCAGGAGAAACCAGUAAUGACAUAGUGCACUAUUGAGGUUGCUAGCUAAGGGACAAACAACAGAUGUUUUAGAGGAACUUUAUUUUCAAAACUCAAGAAUUUGUUGUAUUUUUAAAGUCUGACAGUCCUGCGACCACACUGUUUGAGAACGAAGUCAGGCCUGUCACUGAGGCGGGUUAGGACGUCAGGUGGCAGGCCCUGCUCUCCUGAGUGUUCUCAGGGCAGUUGUUGGUGGCCACGUCUCCUUUACUGCCCCACACCCUGAAGGCGUGAGCACAGACGACUUGGAGUGAUAAGCUGCACGGCCACAGGCUUGGGUUCCUUUUGUGAUGUGAUUUGAAUGUCUGGGUGUCUUAGAAUCAUUGUUAGGAACAUUGAAAAACGUAUACAGAUAGCUAAGUCAAACUUAAGAACCAGAUCUCUGCCAGAUUAAAAAAAUUUGAAGCUUUUAGGUCUAUGUUUGUGAUGGCCUUUUAGUUCUGUGCAGACUAGCGCCCUUCAUGGCCAGCAGCUGCUCUCCUUUUCUCGCUAAGUGGAGGGGCCACCCUCCUCACUCAUCUGCACCAGGACGGAAGGCUGCGUGGUGCUCCAAUAGCUUCUCAGGAGCAGGACAUGCUACAGCUGACUACCGUGUCCUCUGACGUGAUUCCAUCCAGCUGCUGCUGUGGCCAUGGUGGUGGUGUUUUCAGGAGUCAUGAAGGAGAUGGGGAUAGUGAGUGUGUGCGUGUGCAUGGAUGUGUGUGCCUGCGUGAAUGUGCAUCUGUGCGCAUGUGUGACUGACAUUGUCACGUUAUCAGCCACAUGUCAUCUCAUCUGAAAUAGUAUUUGGAGAUGGGAGUGGUUUUGUCCUAUAUGCUGACAUGUCCAGAAUUUCAUUUGAUAAUGGAAGGAAAAUGGGUGGUUACUGAAAAACAUGUAUUGAUGGAGAAUUUCAUAGACGACAACACUGAGUUGGACAAGGCAACACUCUUUUUCUCAGCGACUGCACAUCAGUUUCUGUAGAGUCAAAAAUUCUGUACAUAUUUUGGAAUCUGAAGAAUCUUAUGUAAAUGAUUUGUUGCUUAAAUCUGUGAAAAACAAGUUUCUUUGGGGGGAAAAUAUGCAUUUAUAAGUGUUGUGUAGAAGCAAGUGUUUUUAUUGUGUUGAUGUAAUUGUUUUUAAGUGUUCAAUGUCUUCAUUGCAAUAUGAAAUUCAUUAAAAAUCCAUGUUCCGUAAUUACUAUUGUAAAAGUUUUAUGUUAUUAGGAGUCUCUUUUUUAUUGUUUUAUUUUGUUUUUUUUGUUUUGCUUUGUGAAACAUUGUUAAUGGCCGCUAAACAUCACAAUGAUGUAGAAACUGAACAAAUUAAUUAUAGCAUUGCCCACCUGAAAAAUUUGUUUUAGACUUAAAAGAUCAAUUGUGUUGUAUUUUCUGUCUGUCAUGCUAAAAUUAAAUGAUACAUAAUUAUGCUUCUCC